CGUCAGCCCGCCGGGGGCGUGAAAGGAAAGUGGCCGGGCGGCGGCGGCGACGGCCCUCAAGUUCCCGGGCUCGUCGGGCCCGCCGCGCGCCCCUCCCCGCGCGCGCCCCGCGCUCUUGCUCGGCCGCCCGCCCGCCGAGCCCCCGCGGACCCGCCCCCCGGGCUCGCUCCGGGCGGGGCGCGAACCCGCAGCUGGGGCUGGGCGCGCCGCCCGCGCGACCGGUCGCAACUUCGGCGGGCCCGGGCGCCUGCUGCGCGGCGGCGGAGCGUGGAGCGACCGUCGCAACCGGUGGCUUCAGCCGCCGUGAAGAAGUGAGCGGGCCUCCACGUCGUUGGGCUCGCCGGGCACUGUCAGGCGACCCCGGAGCUGCUCAGGGGCCCGAACCACUCGGCAGGUCCGCGGCCUUUCCCAAUUGUGUUGGUGAAGUCCGGAGGUUUUGGAUGCUGCCUGGGAGGCUCCGGAGGGGCGAACAGAGUGUCCUGGGAGCAAGGCCUGCUCGGUGCGGAUCCGAAACGCCUGGGUCUCGCUAUGUGGCCUAGGAUGGCCUUGAACUCACAGUGAUCCUCCUGCCUCAGCCUCUGGAAUGCUGGGAUUACAGCACUUUCAUUUGGACCUUUGGAUGCCCAUUGGACCGACACUUGAAAUCUGCAAGUCAUCUUGUAGCAGAUUGUAGCAGGACCAUCAGGCCUUUCCUUUGUAUGGGGAGGAGGUAGCCCAUGUGCUGUGGAGAUGAACGGAGAACAGCAGCCUGAUGCAGAUGCUGGAUCUGGUAUGGAAGAAGUGGAAUUAAGCUGGGAAGAUUAUCUAGAAGAGACAGGGUCCACAGCAGUUCCCUAUGGGUCAUUUAAACAUGUGGACAUUCGUUUACAGAAUGGAUUUGCUCCUGGGAUGAAGUUGGAGGUGGCUGUGAGAACAAACCCUGAAACCUAUUGGGUUGCCACCAUCAUUACCACCUGUGAGCAGUUGCUUCUCCUCCGCUACGAGGGCUACGGGGAGGAUCGGAGGGCAGACUUCUGGUAUGACAUUAGGAAAGCCAAUCUCUACCCCAUUGGGUGGUGUGAGCAGAAUAAGAAGACCCUGGAAGCCCCAGAAGGCAUCAGAGAUAAAGUCUCUGAUUGGGAUGCGUUUCUGCGGCAGGCCCUGAUGGGAGCGUGUAGUCCUCCUGUUCCACUGCUAGAGGGCCUCCGCCACGGAAGGAACCCUUUAGAUCUCGUUGCCCCAGGAUCCAGGCUAGAGUGCCAGGCUUUUCGGGACUCUCUCAGUACUUGGAUUGUUACUGUGGUAGAGAAUAUUGGGGGCCGGCUGAAGCUGCAUUACGAAGGACUGGAGAGUCCUGACAGUUUUGAACACUGGUUGUAUUACUUGGAUCCGUUUCUUCAUCAUGUUGGUUGGGCUGCUCAACAAGGAUACGAACUUCGGCCCCCACUAGCCAUCAGACAUUUGAAAAAUGAAGCUGAGUGGCAGGAGAUUUUGGCCAAAGUCAAAGAGGAAGAAGAAGAACCAUUGCCAUCUUACUUAUUUAAGGACAAACAGAUUAUUGGCGUUCAUGCGUUCUCUGUAAAUAUGAAAUUGGAAGCUGUAGACCCAUGGUCACCUUUUGAGAUCUCUCCUGCUACAAUUGUUAAGGUGUUUGAUGAGAAGUACUUUCUGGUGGAGAUGGAUGACUUGCGAGCAGAGGGCCAUGCACGGCGAUCCUUUGUGUGCCAUGUUAACAGCCCUGGUAUUUUCCCUGUGCAGUGGAGCCUAAAAAAUGGUGUACAUAUCAGUCCACCUCCAGGGUACCCGAGCCAGGACUUCGACUGGGCCGACUACCUCAAACAGUGCGGCGCUGAAGCUGCUCCCCAGCGGUGCUUCCCUCUGUCAGUUUCUGAACAUGAUUUUAAGGAGAACAUGAAGCUGGAGGCAGUGAACCCCCUUCUCCCUGAAGAAGUGUGCAUUGCCACCAUUACUGCAGUCAGAGGCUCCUACCUGUGGCUCCAGCUGGAAGGAUCUAAGAAGCCUGUACCCGAAUGUAUAGUGAGCGUAGAAUCCAUGGAUAUAUUUCCUUUGGGCUGGUGUGAGACCAAUGGCCAUCCCCUCAGCACUCCUCGCCGGGCACGAGUACAUAAACAGAGGAAGAUUGCAGUGGUUCAACCAGAAAAACAAAUACCAUCCUCGAGGACUGUCCAUCAGGGCUUAAAGAGUCAAGAGCUGAACUCUACAGACUCAGUUACAAUUAAUGGAAAGUAUUGUUGUCCAAAGAUAUAUUUCAACCACCGCUGCUUCUCAGGGCCAUAUCUUAACAAAGGAAGAAUUGCUGAGCUCCCUCAAUGUGUAGGACCUGGGAACUGUGUUCUUGUCCUCAGAGAGGUCCUCACUUUACUCAUCAAUGCGGCUUAUAAGCCCAGUCGUGUUCUUCGGGAGCUCCAGCUGGACAAAGACUCUGUGUGGCACAGUUGUGGGGAAGUACUAAAAGCCAAAUAUAAAGGAAAGAGUUAUCGGGCUACUGUGGAAAUAGUGAAGACAGCAGAUCGGGUGACUGAAUUCUGCCGGCAAACUUGUAUCAAACUGGAAUGCUGUCCUAACCUUUUUGGUCCACGGAUGGUUCUGGAUACAUGUUCUGAGAACUGCUCUGUACUUACAAAGACCAAAUACACCCACUACUAUGGAAAGAAGAAAAACAAAAGAAUUGGGAGGCCACCUGGUGGGCAUAGUAACUUAGCUUGUGCGCUGAAAAAAGCCAAUAAGAGAAGAAAGAGGCGGAAAAAUGUGUUUGUUCAUAAGAAGAAACGCUCCUCUACAUCCGUUGACAAUACUCCAGUGGGUUCCCCUCAGGGAAGUGGGGUUGAAGACGAAGAUGAUGUAGAUGAAGGGGACGAUGAUUCUCUGAGUGAGGGCAGUACGUCCGAGCAGCAGGAUGAGUUACAGGAAGAGUCAGAAAUGUCAGAGAAAAAGUCAUGUUCCUCCUCUCCUACCCAAAGUGAGAUGUCUUCCUCACAGCUCCCAGACAGAGAAAGGAGGAAAAGGGAGCUUCACACUUUGUCAUUUUCUGAUGACGAAAAUAAACCUCCUUCACCAAAGGAAAUAAGGAUUGAAGUUGCUGAAAGACUUCAUCUGGACAGUAACCCUCUGAAAUGGAGUGUGGCAGAUGUGGUGCGGUUCAUCAGAACCACUGACUGCGCUCCGCUGGCAAGAAUAUUCCUAGACCAGGAAAUUGAUGGUCAGGCCCUGUUGCUCCUUACCCUUCCUACCGUUCAAGAGUGCAUGGACUUAAAAUUAGGCCCUGCCAUCAAGCUUUGCCAUCACAUAGAAAGGAUCAAGUUUGCUUUUUAUGAGCAGUUUGCCAACUGAGAAGGACAACCAAAGUGAGCUGGACCUUUGAAGCACAAAUGCAGCCAAUCUCUUACCCUGUUCUCUAAGUGGAGCUGAGUAAUCCUGGGGCUCUGGACCCUGCAGGUGUCGGCUUGCUCUCUUUGCACUUUCAGGGAAGGAGGACCCACACCGAGGAAGCAAAAAACGGCACAAAAGUGGCUCUCCUGCCAGUGGAAAUGUGGACAUCUCAUAUUGCAGUUUUUAAAAAAUAAAGGCUGUGAAGAAAAAGAAGAAGAGUAAGCAUUUCCAGUGGUGUGGACUGAAAACAAAGAAUAAUCUAGGUGACUGGAUAGCACCUUUUUAGUUUCCUUUUCAUCCUGUUUCUUCCCACUGUAGACUGAACUUUGUUCUCUGCUUUCUUUUCUUUUCUUUUUUUUGAAAGAGAAGACAUAGCUUUAAUUCAGCACUGAUUUGUAACUGUGCCUAAGGCACAUCAGUGCUUCACUGUCAUUGUGUUUUUAAGCAUUUUAAAAUUAAAAGAGUUCAUUUUGGGGAUAAUUAUGUGGCUCCAAGGUUUUGAAUGUAUAGUCAUACUUUGAUCCAUUUUAGAAUCUAUUCUAAAAGUUCCUUUGUUUACUACCUCUGUUGAUAAUUGAGCUUAUGGCUGUGAAUGAGGUUUUUGUAUGAUGCCAUUUUUAAGCUAGUGAACACUAAAACUAUGACAGAAGUUGAAGGGCAGAAAAACACUAUUUGCCCUCUUAAGAACACUAUGUUGGCAUUUAAACCAGUUCCUCAACAGGCCUGAUCUAAGAACCCUACUGUCGUGGUUCUCCAUUGACCCAGCUCCAGCUACCUGUGUCAAGUAGCCUCAUGAAGAUUGUUAGUAUUUUAGUUUGAUUACUCUGGCCUUUUUAGUCUCAGAGGACUUAAGUAGCUUUUAUUUUGUGUUUACUUUCUCUAGAGUUGUUUGUCUACCUCUGUUUCAUUUUUGCAGUCCUUACUUCUUGUGAAAAUAGUAGGUAUCCCUUUGGAUCCAGUGUAAAGAAAGGUCAUUUCUCUGUUAUCAUAGUACUCAGGAGGCUGAGGCAGGAAGAUUGCCAUGAGUUCAGGGCCAUCUAGACCCCAUCUUGAAAAAAAGAAAAGAGCCAGCUACCCUAUUGCUUCUGCUUUUUAGAUGAGCAGCAGAGAGUAUAGAGUUUGGUGGUAAAACAGCGUGUAGUUUCUGCAGCACUUUCCUCAGUAGCAGAGUAAAAUUGGGAAUGGCUAAGGAGUCGGGAAACCCCUUUGCCCAGCCUCAUUUAUGCUUUUCUUCAAUUACCUUUAAAUUGAAUGUGAUCUGUAGAUUGAAGUCCCACUUGAUAACUCAGUGUCCUUUUUGGUGUUUAAUUCACCUUAAAUUAACAUGAAACUUCAGGCAAAUUUUCACUUUUAUGAUUUUGUUGCCAACUAUUAGAAAAUAAUAGCACUUAUUACUGUUCUGGGCAGGAAUGAGAAAAGACCUACACAGAUUGCCUCCUUCACCUGGUUUACUUAUUUAUUUACUUUUGCAUUAUUUUAGUCACUUGCAAAUUUAUAACCUAAUCUUUUCCAGAACUGAAACUGUUUUAAAACUGCAAACUGGGUAAAUUCCAAACAACUAUACAAAUAUAAGGUAAUACUACUACAAAUUUAAACUGAUUGUGUUUCCAUUUCUCUCCUCAAACUCCACUUGUUUUUAUGAACACUGGCAAGUAAUCUAUAGUGUGGAUGCUUUCUUUAUUAGAUAAACCACUUUGACUCAAGCCUUCCAACCAAAUCAUAAAGCAUUAAUUCUGCUUGGGUUAAUGCCGGCUGUCUUUGAAAAUAGGCUUCAUUUGAGUAAAAGCAUAUUUGAACAUACUGAAAGAUCCAGUUUUUAAAAUUUGGUUAAUUUUUUUAUCUGCGGAAGAAACAUAUAGGAUGCUGGAGAACAGUCAGCAUCAAGCAGGUGGACUUGGGAUGGUGACAUCGUGUUUAGGAAGUUUCCCAACAGCUUAGCAGUCAAGGCAUUAAAGCAAAAGAGGGUCCCUUGAGGAAGAGCAAUGGAACACAAAAGUUCCAGAAUUAAUGUUUAGAGUCCCAUAUUGCAUUCUUGUUUAGGAAAGUGAAAUUUACAAAAUGUAAUAAUAGUAUUGAAUGUUAUUUUGUCUCUCUUCUUGACUUCUUCAGACACCAGCAUUUAGAACCACCUCCCUUGACAGAUGAGGGGCUGGAGCCCCUGAUAGUUGAAGUACAUGGUCUCUAACCUGUGUGGGGUCGGAGCAUAACAGGUUGGUUUAUCUCUACCAUGAUUAGUUAAGCCGUUUCCUUCUAGAGAAAAACUGGCUUUAAACUGCACAUGUGAGUGGGGUUUCCCUUAAUAUUUGCUGUAUUCAUCUGCUAGGAUACAUUUUUUUGGACAGUUGUAUUAAAGAAAAACUAUAUUCUCCCUUCCCCUUCUUCCAGAUAUUAUAUAUUAAAGGAUAAUUGUUUGGAAAUGUGGCACAGGGCAUUUUUUUUAAAGCACAAAUUUUCAAUGCUGUUUACCUCAUAGAGCCACUGGGAGUAGGAACAGUGAUAGCCCAUUUAUUGUGAUGCAAAACAGAUGUUAAACCUGAUAAUAGUUUACUGUGUUGGAGUAAAUGCUUAUGUAUUACACACACACACACACACACACACACACACACACACACACACGGAUGAACUUUGUGUUUUAGAGACAUACUCUUAAAUUUAUGAGAGGUACAUUAGUAAGGAGCUACAUUUAUCUGGAUUUUACCUUUAAUUGGUCUCAUAGCUGUCUGAGAUCAGGAUUUUCAUGAUCCAUUUUUACCUUGGAUUAACAGGCUUAAAAACAGGUUAAUGGACUGGAUCAUCCUCCUGGACUUGAGAAGUUAGACAGCCAAUAGACUUUUACCACUAGGUUAGCGUAUAAGGGAGACCUUUUAUUGCACAUGCAGAUUUGCUCUGGGCUUUUUCCUAUAGUUUGUGGGCUUUUGAGGACCAUGCUGUUUUCCUUUGUGAACAUCUUCCUUCUUAUUUGAGCAGAAUUUGAAAUGACUAAUGCAAGAAAUGCAUUAGUAGGGAUUUCUAAUCCCAUCUUUAGUUUUCCUUUAGGAAUAUUGGUAGCUAUUAGGAUCUACAAAAUAGAACCUUAGGUCAAGGAAAGAUAAUCACAAAACACUGGAAAUGAUAUUGGUAAAUAUGUAUUGAAUUACAAUAGAGGAACACAUAGAAAACAGUCAGAAUUUGGCCUUCAUAUGUCUUCUCUCCUGUAAGUAAAAUUAUUGUCACUGUGAGAGAAAGGGCAUUAGACCAAAGUUUUCUGAGGAUUUGAAUACAUUUUAUUUGCUCUCUAGUAUGAAUUCAGUAACUAAUGUAGUACCUGAAUACAAUUUAAAAGUUCUAGGAGGCCUUAGGUAGAAUAGGGUUCAGAACUAUUUCUCCUUUUCAAAUCAACAACUCUUCAGGGGACACACAGAAAAUAGGUAAUCUAGAUGAGGACUUGUGAAAAGUGUCACUGGCAUUUAUGUUUACUUACCUGUCACCAAGGUCUUAUUUGCUGGUUUGAUUUAUUCCCAUGGAAGUUCUAAAAGAGUUGUUAGCCUCAAGCCUUCAAUUUGAACUCUGGUUCCUGCACUGGAGAUGUUCUCUGUGUGGGCAUAUGCAUGCACACAAUUUCAAGUGUUCUGUGUUAGCAGUAGGAUGUAAAGGCCUUAUCAUGAAGGAGGCAUCACCAACAGAUAUGAAAUGUAAAUCUUAGUGCAGACCAAUUGUUCCCUUUUUAAAUUUGAAUGUCUUUAGUCCUGCGUCUACUAUAAGUAACCAUGUAUCACAGGUAUGCUGCUGGCUCAGAAACUAUUUGACAGCCUCCUACAAAAUCAAAAAGAAACAUCAGUUUCCUGUCAUUAUAAUUCUUUCUUGACUUUAUUACUGUAAAUGUUUAACUAGUGAAUUCUGAUGAUUCCCUUGUAUGAGAAUGUGUAUGCUUUGGAAAUCUGAAUUUAUCUAAAUCAGCUACCUGUUAGAAUUGGAGUUUUGGUGUAAGAGUUUUAAAUUUGAAGGCCAGUCCAAAUUGGUCUGGUUUCAAGCCCUCUUACUUAAGAUGUUUCAUUAGUGCUUGUUUCAGACCAUACUGGUGGCCUUGUUUCUAGGGGAGUCUUUCAGAGGUAUAGGAGGUAGUGUGCAUUACAGUGCAGUGCAGAUUUGUUUUCUUGGAUAUGGAGUUUAAGAAGCAGAUGUUCACAGGAUCCAGAAAAACUAGGAGUGAAGAGUUGAGGAUAGAGAGAAGUAGACCUAAAACUUGCCCCUUAUGCUGACCGGUCUGUCCUGGUACUGUGGCCUAUCACAAAGGACUGUGAGGAAAGGGAACCAUACAAGGCAGAACGUGCUAAGCAUGUCCCUACACCAGCAGUAAAGUGUAGACCUGUGCCCUAGGGGGCAAAGGAUGAUGACUAGUGAAAUGGUGCCACCAUGGCUGAUGGGGAUUGGCAUGCUUGUUCACGGGAUGUGUGGAAAUUCAAGUCUUAAGGGUUUCUUUACAUGGUUCAUUCAGUCAGACCCCAAGCCUAGCUUGGCAGAAGGGCGGUAGUCAGAUUAUGUUAAGUGGAUAGGCUUGUGGUGAAAAUCAAGUCACAAAGCAGAAGACUUAGGGAGAUUAUAAAACUUGGUAAAGUUAAUGCUGGACAGGUCUUAGCUCGUUUUGCACAGAUCUCUGAGAAACAUACUUUGAACAUUUCUUUUGAGAUUUUAAGUGCUUAUUUCUUUUCCCUUCCCUUCCUGUUUUGGUUGAAUAUUCUCUAACGACAAUCAGAGGCCUGCCAGGGAAGGACUCCUGGCUGGUUCCAGCACUGUCCUUAGGCCUCUUUCUAGUAGUAACUUGUUGGAACUGAUGCACUUUGUUUAAUGUAUUUUGCCUUUUUUUUAAAGUUGCUUGUUUGGAGUGAAAUGAAAUGAAAUGCUUAUUACGUUGUAUCUUUCCUGCUUGUUCUUCUUUUCUCUUAAUUUCAAAGUUACCCAUUGAAGAUAAAAUACUCUUAAGCAGAAAUAUAUACAUGAAUACCUAUAAAAUAACUCCCAUCAUUUGAUGGCAUAACAUCAAAGGAUUAAAAACAGAACACUAUUUUGGACAGAUCUGCGUGUUUUCUUUACUUUUCAUAAAUAACUUUUAUAAACUUGAAGAGAAACUUUAACGUCAUUUUGCAGAUUUGACAGGAGGGCAUUUUGCCAGACUAUACUCUUCAAAACUCCAGGCCAGGGGGUGGGGGCAGGCCUGGGGGAAUUAUUUCUAAAUACAGGAGAAUAUUCCUUUCUACUUUAAUAAAAUUACAUAAUUCUCUGCCCCUCUCAUCCUUUCUCUCUCUGGAUUUAGAUACUUUUUCAUUUCAGCUCAGGAAAGGUAGGAACAGCAGAAUCCUCCACAGUGACCUUGCUCCUGCCACUGAGGAUUCUGCCCUUUAACUCUAAAGGUGAUUCUUGUUCUCUGUGGGCCUUAAGGAUGCUUCUACAUCUGGAUGUGCAAACUUGGCCUUGUCUGGAACUUCAUUUUUCAGCCCACUGUGCAGUUUUCCUUGAGCUAUCUGUGUCUUCAAGCAACUCAGAGUCUUCUUAUUCCCAGUCACAAUCUCCUUCUGCUUUAAGACAUGUCCUCUGGUUUGGUUCUCUCUGAGAACCACAUAAGAUCUCUCUUGGUCUUGAAAACAGUAGUCUAAUCUUCUUUUAUCCAUUUAUUUUCUUAAACUGAUUUUCUGUAUUUGCCAAUGAUCAAUAUUUGUGUAGAGUUUUAAAAUUUAUAAAUUAAACUUCAACUUAAUUUAAAAAGUA